AUGCCUCGGUCAGAGCAAGUUGCAAUCACUCCAGGUCUGAGCCUCACCAGCCGUGAAGCUGUCCUGCAGAGUGUGAACAAGACGACGACAGUCAACAAUCGUCAGUCAGAAUCAGAAUGGACAAAGCCAGAGUCUCGGCUCCUUUGCAAUCUGAAUCAGUUUUGCUCAGAUCUAAAUCACACUUGUAUAACCUGCAAUUCAUCACCAAUUGCAGGUGAGAAAUUGAAACGAGCAGCGAAAAGACUGAAGAGGAUUUUACCAGGCAGAUCAUCGAGGGAAGAUGAUCUGAACACGGGAUGCAAGGUACCAAAGCAGGGUCAGAUUGAGAGCGGUGUCCCAAUGGAAUGCGGUCUGGCCGCAGAGGAGGAGGAGCAAAUUCAGCCCAGAGACAGUGGCGUCAGAGACACUGAUCAGGACCCUGGAACCGGCACAAGUGAGGCGACUGUCUAUCAGCCCAGAGACAGUGACGUCAGAGACACUGAUCCGGACCCUGGAACCGGCACAAGUGAGGCGACUGUCUGUCAGCUCGGAAGCUCAUUGAACACAGAACUGUCAAGUCCCCAAGAAGGAGCAGAGCCAGAGUUUACAAUCUCUGAACUCCUGGCAGAAGGGGAGGAAUAUCGACUGUACCAACUGACAAAGUUCUACAGGGACAGACUCAAACAAGCAAUUGAAGAAAAGGUUGAGAGACUGGGUUGGAUGUUGACAAAGGAGGGACAUUUCAGUAGAGAAGAAAAUGAGAAAGUCACUGAGCUGACAGAGAAGGGAAACCGGGCAGAGAGUUCCAGACUCUUCCUCAGUCUGGUGAAUGGCAAAGGCUCCCGGGCCCGGAGGGCGAUGUGGGAAUCCUUUCUGAUGUGGAGGACUGAGUUACCGAAGUUGGACAGAAUACUGAGGGAAAUACAGGAACUCGGUCCUGAUCCACAAGAAUACUUCAACAUCGGCCAAGGUUUACCUGAAUUACCCACUCAGCUGAUAGAUGUUCAACAGAAACACAAGGAGACUCUGCGGGCGCAAACUGAAACACUGAGAGUGAACACGAUCCUGAUGACGGAGAAGGUGAAGGUUUUCCAGCUGGCUGAUCGAUACGCUGAGCUCACGGUCAUUUCUACUGUUCGAGAUCGGACACUGGUGGAACAUGAGCUGCUGGCAAGAGGCAGAGACCAUGAGGAUUAUAGAGAGAAACAACUCCGCAGUCAGCUGGAAAAAAUCCGUACUGAUCAGUUAUUCCAGAGCAGCUUUUCCCGGAGUAAAUCCAAAUCUGGGAGUUCAGCAGCAGUGGCCGGAGUCCCGGGGAUCGGGAAAACAACGAUGGUACAAAAGAUUGUUUAUGACUGGGCCAUGGGGAAAAUAUACCAACAGUUCCAGUUUGUCUUCAGUUUCAAAUUCCGAGAUUUAAACAGUAUUGACUGUCGAAUAAACCUGAAGGAACUGAUUGUGGAUCAGUAUUCUUACUUUGGGAAUUUCCUGAGAGAGGUGUGGAAGAAUCCAGAAGGAUUACUGUUUAUAUUCGAUGGUUUGGAUGAAUUCAAACACAAAAUCGAUUUUGCGGACAGUCGGAGAGAUACAGAACCCAAGCACCAGUGCCCAGAUCCCGAGUGGAGGUGUGAAGUGUCGGACAUUGUGUACAGUUUAAUCCAGGGCAAGCUGCUCCCAGGGUGUUCAGUGCUGGUGACCACCCGCCCCACUGCGUUACAUUUAUUGGAAAAGGCGGAUAUCAGUGUCCGGGCUGAAAUCCUGGGAUUUGUUGAUGAGGAACGGAAGGAAUAUUUCAUCAGACAUUUUGAAGAUCAGAUGGUGGUGGAAGCUGUUUUCAAUUAUGUGAAGGAGAACGAGAUCCUGUACACCAUGACCUACAACCCCUCCUACUGCUGGAUCCUCGCUCUGACACUGGGCCCCUUCUUCACACAAAGAGUCAGGGACCCACAGCGAGUUCCCAAGACCAUCACCCAACUGUACUCCUACUAUAUUUACAACAUCCUGAAAAACCACAGCCGUGAGGUUGAGAGACCCCGUGAUGUGUUACUCAGG